AUGUUCGCGCUCCGUAGCGGCUUGACGCGCGCUGCGUCCGGUGCCCAGCCCGCUCAGCAGCUGCGUACAUUCGCGUCCGGCCACAAGAAGCGCCUGACGUGGCGCCAGAAGGCCAAGAUCGAGGAGCGCAAGCGCAACCCGCCUCCGCCGCGUCAAGCGCCUCGCCAGAGGGCUCACCGCCAGAACUUCCUCGUGUCGCCGCCCGUGGACGAUGGAAAGAAGUGGCGCAUCCUUAGUGCAGCCGUUUUGGAGCGUCUUCCGGUUGUGCAGCCCGAUUUGAAGGACUGGGAAGUGGACUUUGAGGUCAUGCAGCACGAGAAGGCUCUGCGUGAGGAUCAGAGACUAGAGGAGGAUUUCUGGUUCAUGGAGCCUGGCACGAAGCACAUUACGCCCGAGGAGGCGCCGUGGCCUAAUGCCGAGGAGGACCCCGAGGAGAUCGUGGGCGCCGGCUUCCAUUUAGCCCCGCGUGAGACGGAGGACGACGCUAACAACAACCGCAAGUCGCUUAACCGCGCGCUUAAGGGCCGCGUGUUCCUGCUGGUCAAGAACGACCAGAAGGACGCCAAGUACCCGUGGUUCUUCCCUGUGGGUGAGAAGCAGGACGCCGAGAAGAUGCGCGAUGCUGCGCUCCGACACAUGAGCGAGACGGUCGGCGACGAGAUGGAGGCGAACCCGGUGGGUUUCGCGCCCAUGGGCUACGUCAAGUAUCUGCACGAAAACGACUCGGAGUUUGACGGCACCAAGGUUUUCUUUUACAAGUCGCAGCACCUGGACGGAGAUGUGACACUGAACCAGGACAAGGCUAGCGAUUUCCUCUGGGUGACCCGGGACGAGCUGUCCGAGUACCUUGAGCCAGAGAUCGCCGACUACGUCCAGAAGAUGGUGCCGCCGUAA